GGGUUGAAGCAAGUUUUGCUCAAGAAUUUCUUGCUUUGGUUCAUCCAGAGUUCUCUCUCCAUGUAGCACAUCAAGCAAUCACUGUCAAUCACGGUUGGUGUCGGCCCGCUCACGACAGUCGGCUCACCCUAGAUAAAAAAUAUCCAUCUGGCUGCCAUAACCACAGCGAAGCAUAUCAUUUCUAGCUGGUUCCCUGGGAUUUUUCGAUUGCACUCUGAGCGAACCUGAAUCCAGACGACCGCUAAUUCUAGAGCGUGCGCACAAGUCGAAAGCACGGUAGCCUUUCCAAUCACGUGUCUCCAAACGGCAGGUAUCAUCAGCAAUCAUCCAAAGUGGACUUGGACAGCCCCCAGAAACGGCAUAUUUUGAAGACGAAACCAGCUGGUAUUUAUUGCACCUGAUAUCUGGUCAGGUUCGCCAUGGACAAACUCUUCGAUCAGUUUGCCAAGGCAGUCAGCGAGGGGAACGGGCCCCUCCUGUCAAAAACACUGCUACCAGGGGAGUCGAAUGAGGACCUCGACAGGCUACAUUCCAUUUGGCGGAGUGCCACCUCGCAGGAUGUCAAGAACUCGGUCAGGACGCACAUCCGCAAGCGCACAAAUCUGCCGCGCGACGAGGUCGAGGGCUGGUUGGAGGUCUACAUAGCCUUUUGGAAGGCCAUAGGCGAGAUCCUCGGUGUGCACGGCACGCCCGGGGCGCCAACCCGGUCGACCUGGAAUUCGGUGUACGAGGCCUGGAAGGAGUUGACAUCCAUGGUCAUCCGCGGCUACACUAAUCAUAGCUUCGAGGCCUGGACAAUACCGUGCCUGUACGUGACCGGCAGGCAUCUGCGCGUGUUUGCCAUCAAGGCAGACGAGGAGCGGAACAAGACAUUGGGCGGUACCAACAGUGCCACUUUUGAGGACGACUUUGACACAGACAGCGAGAAGCAUAAGAUUCUCGAGGACUGCGCACGACAGCUGAACCGCAUCUUUACCCUCUGCCUCAGUGAUCGUGCCCCCCUUGAGGAUUCUAGAAAGUGGGGCAUCUACUUUAUCAUCAACCUCCUCUUCAAGACGUACUUUCGUUUGAACUCGGCCAGUCUUUCGAGGAACAUCCUCAAGGCCCUCAAUGCUUACAAGGGGGAUAUGCCUGGGCUGGAUCAGUUCCCAAAGUCUCAGCAAGUUACCUUUAGGUAUUACGAAGGAAUUCUUGCUUUUCUUGAUGAGAACUACCCCGAGGCAGAAAAGAGUUUAUUGCAAGCAUACAAAUUCUGUCACAAGGAUGCGCACAAAAACAAACAACUGAUCCUCACCUACCUCAUCCCAUGCCGCCUGCUCACAGCACAAACUCUGCCAAGCCCGGCACUUCUCGAGCCUUACCCCUCCCUCCAGCGGCUGUUCCUCCCCCUCUCUCACUGCAUCAAGAAGGGCGAGCUGCACGCCUUCGACCUGGCCCUGCAGGCCGGCGAGGAGGACUUUGUCAAGCGCCGCAUCUACUUGACCCUCGAACGCGGUCGCGACAUUGCCCUGCGCAAUUUGCUCCGCAAGGUUUUCUUGGCCGGCGGCUUCGAGGAGUCCAAGGAUGGCGCUCCCCCGCUGCGGCGCACGAGAAUCCCCGUGGCCGAGUUUGCGGCCGCCAUCAGCAUGAACAGCCAGCAGAGCCUGGACUUGGACGAGGUAGAGUGUCUCUUGGCCAACAUGAUCUACAAGGGACUUAUGAAGGGAUACAUUCACCGAGAACGGGGCAUCGUCGUGUUGAGCAAAGCCGGCGCAUUUCCUGGUACUAAUAUCUGAGGAGACGCAGUCGUUUGGGAUGCAGCAACCCAAUCAGGAUUGUGCUGUCUCAGCCGUAUGCUACCAUCUGCUGAUGCAGCCAGAGUUGAAAAGAAAAGAAAACAAGUACCAAGAAAAAACCGCUCACCCGCAAUGUCUAGCCUCGCCUACUAUACCCCGGAGUGACCCGGACCAGUUGAGUCAACUCGAUAUGAUGAUUGGGCCAUCCCAUGUUACGGGCAAGCCCGACAUUCUCUCGCGAUCUCGGAUGUGUCUCCGUGUGUGUGGGGGUGUUAUGAGGAGUUGUGAGCGCACAGCCUAUCUUUGUUCUUUCAUUCAUGGUACCAAAGUCCCCCAAUGUGAGUCAUUCUGUAUGACACCCUGCUUGGUCUCUUGGUCUGGUGGUGCGAUCAGCGCAGGACCAAGCUUUGCUCAACUUGGCAAAAGUGCAUUUGCGAUAGGAUCAGCUGCUGUUUCGGAGCGGGAUAGAGAUAGACUACAUUGGGAGCGGGUCUGAAAGGCCGGUUUGUCACACCCAUAGUAAGCCUGGCAUCUACAUUGUCGCUUCUUUGCCAUGAUCUUGGACUGUAUCUGUCCGUAGCGGGGCUAGUGAGUUUCUGCACUUUGCCCACUGGCAAACAUGCGAGUGCGCGCGAGAACGAGCUGUCAAUUAUCACCCCAAGCCUCUUUGCCACUUAAACAUCAAACGAACGUCGAGAAUAAAAUUUUAUACAGCCCAUUCCCCGUUUUGGUUAUUUUGCCCGUGGCUUAUCGUGGUUGGUCCGAUCAAACUGUGUGGCCUCCCUACUCUUUUGGAAGAAGAAACGCGAAAAAAAAAGAAGUCCAAAAUAUCAGUGUAAUAGAAUACAAACUCAAAAAAAGAGUCGAGACAUUGCGAUAGAAAAAUAAAGAGUUCAAGGACCGAUCGAGAGCGAUCGUAAAUACACAAGCUUCGCAAAAAUGAGAUAAAUCUUGUUGGUACAGUGGAAAACUGAGAAAUCAACAAGCGACAAGGAAUAGCAAAGUAGUCCAAAAGCAAACAGCAAAGACCGGGAGGACAUACUAGGUACCCAUCUCCCGAUGCGGGUAAUGACAACCCC